UGCACAUGUGACCGUAUAGUUGUUACAGUUGGUCACAGCUCAGUCUUGUACAGUUAGUGACAGUUGGUCUCAGUACAUGGUUUGACUCAGACCAGCGUGCAUCUUGCGUUUUUUUUCCUUGUGGAAAGUGAAUUCCCCAAUUAUGGGAGAUAAAUUGCCUCCAGCGAUGGAGAAGAGUACUCCUCCAAUAAGGAGUGAGGAAAAUCAUCAACUUUUUGCUGCUACUAAGGCAGAGAUGGAAAAGGAGAAGGGGGAUACCAUCACGGUGAAGAGAAAGAUGGACAUCAGCGCUGAAAAGGAAAGUGGGAGAAAAAGGAAGAAAAAGGUGAAACAUCAGUGCAGUGACGACAUCAAGGAGGAGGAUAAUACGAAAAAAGAAAAGAAGAAAGAAAAGAAGGGAAGAAAAAGACCCCGAAAAGAUGAGGAACCCAAAACAGAGGAAGCAGGAAGUGAGCAGAAGAGGCCCCACCAAGAAGAAGUUCCUCUCCAUGUUGCAGUCUGCACGUGUCAGAUCCCCGCAUUGCUUGGGAUUGGUUCAUUUGGCAAAGUAAGUGAUGAACAUCUGGGAACUGUUUGUCAGAAUCAGUUAGGGCCAAUUGUCCCUAACAAGCCUGGAAUUAUAGGAAAGCCCCAGAAAUGUUGGGAGGCAGCAGGUGGCAGAGAUAAGCCUGUAAUUCGGCCAUUACCCUCCCAACUCUGGUUUAUUCACUGGGGCACUCAAAAGCAUCCUCUCAAUGACAAUCACCGCUAGCAUUCUCAACAUUCUCUUAGGUUUCAAGUAACUUCUUAUCUAGAGGCUCAAAUGUCCUUCUAGUAUCUCCCAGCUUUAAUAGAGAAAAAAAAUUCCAGAAACACCAAACAUUUCAAUUACGGAAUAAUACAAUUCCACAAGGAGGUGCACCUUUAACUAAAACUAGUAAAUGGGUAAAAAUAUCUUCUUUCCAUACUAUAGAUCUGUACAAGCAGAUAAUAUGGACAGGGCUAGGCUAGGCUAGAAUUGACCCUUUGAAAAACUCAGUUAUCCUGCUCCAAUAAUAAGAAAUGCAGUAUUUAUUGAUUUUAUUGAUUGAGACAUUUAAAGGACAAGGAAAUUCUAAAA